CCGGCCGCCGGGACAAGCUAGGGGAAGGUCGGGGCACGCCUGGCUGUGGGGCAAUCGGCCCUCGUCAGGCGGCCGCGCUCGCCGGAGCAGCGUGACGCGGCGACCGGAGGGCGGCGACGCGGGGGGCCGAAACGGGCGGUGCGCUCCCCGGCGCCCGGCUUCCUGGGCGGCCGCUAGCCCUGCUCGGCCGGCGGGGGCGGGGGCGGGGCGCGGCCUUAAAAGGCCGGGAGGAGUGGCCGUGCCCGGGGGUCACCGGCACAGGGUCGGCCGCUGUCACACGCGCCCCGGCUCGGCCCCGUCCCGCGCGCACCCGGGAGCAAGGCGCACAGUCGCGCUCGCACCGAGUCCCGCCAGCCCUUCCGGCCCGUCUCCGAGAGCCCUCAUGGGCCCCGAGGCCACCUGCCCGUGGAGCGGCCCCCUGCCUCGCCUCCGGGUGAGGACCUUGAUCGAGCCCGUGGUGGCGUCCACGCAGGUGGCCGCCUCCCUCUACGAGGCGGGGCUGCUCCUCGUGGUGAAGGCGUCCUUCGGAGCCGGGGCCUCCUCCAACCACAGCGCCAGCCCGUCGCCCCGGGACGCUCUGGAGGACGAACAGCAGAGGGCCAUCUCCAACUUCUACAUCGUCUACAACCUGGUGGCGGGCCUGACGCCCCUGCUGUCCGCCUACGGGCUGGGCUGGCUCAGCGACCGCUACCACCGCAAGAUCUCCAUCUGCGUGUCCCUGCUGGGCUUCCUGCUCUCCCGCCUGGGGCUGCUGCUCAAGGUGCUGCUGGACUGGCCCGUGGAGGUGCUGUACGGGGCGGCGGCGCUGAACGGGCUGUGCGGCGGCUUCUCCGCCUUCUGGUCGGGCGUCAUGGCCCUGGGAUCCCUCGGCUCCUCCGAGGACCGACGCUCCCUGCGCCUCAUCCUCCUCGACCUGAUCCUGGGCCUGGCGGGAUUCUGCGGGAGCAUGGCCUCGGGGCACCUCUUCAAGCAGAUGACUCGGCACCACUCGGGGCAGGGCCUGGUGCUGACGGCCUGCAGCGUGAGCUGUGCCACUUUCGCACUUGUGUACAGCCUCUUGGUGCUGAAGGUCCCCGAGUCGACGGCCAGUCCCAGGACGGCACUCCCCGCUGUGGAUACGGUGUCAGGCACAAUUGGCACGUAUCGUACCCUGGAUCCCGAUCAGUCAGACAAGCAGGGUGUGGAGGGGUACCCUCCAUCUCCCGGGAAAGCAGUGCCCAAAAAGACUGUCAUCGCCCUGCUCUUUGUGGGUGCUGUCAUAUAUGACCUGGCAGUGGUGGGCACCGUGGACGUGAUGCCCCUUUUUGUGCUCAGGGAGCCUCUCAGGUGGAAUCAAGUGCAGGUGGGCUAUGGUAUGGCAGCCGGGUACACCAUCUUCAUCACCAGCUUCCUGGGCGUCCUGCUCUUCUCCCGCUGCUUCCGGGACACCACUAUGAUCAUGAUUGGGAUGGUCUCCUUUGGGUCGGGAGCCCUCCUCUUGGCUUUCGUGAAAGAGACAUACAUGUUCUACAUCGCUCGAGCUGUCAUGCUGUUCGCUCUCAUCCCCGUCACAACCAUCCGAUCGGCAAUGUCCAAACUCAUAAAGGACUCCUCUUACGGAAAGGUGUUCGUCAUCCUGCAGCUGUCCCUGGCUCUGACUGGGGUGGUGACGUCCACGGUGUACAACAAGAUCUAUCAGCUCACCAUGGAGAAGUUUGUGGGCACCUGUUUUGCUCUCUCCUCCUUUCUCUCCUUCCUGGCCAUCAUCCCGAUUGGCAUCGUGGCCUACAAACAAGCCUCAUGGCUGCAAUAUGGAGACAUCGCAGAGAAAUGAAGGUGGUGACCGACGGGAGCUGAAAAUACCAGCAAUGGCUUCUUUUGAAGUCAAAAGAAGGGACUGGGUGCUAGUGACCAAAGCAAGCCACUGCUCCAAAACCCCAGGUUCCAGCCGGAGUUGGCUUGGGCAUGAGCUGCUCUGGCUCAGGGGUCCCUGGCGGGUGGGGAAAAGCACUUUCUUGGUGAUUGAACUUUCUCAGCUUUCAGACGUCCCUGUCAGAGGUUAGGUUCUGGGGACAGUAGAGGGUGAACUUCCAAGGGUUAGAUGCAGGGGGCCGUGCGCAGUCACACGAGACGCAUAAAGGGCUUCAGACAGCAGCCCCUUUUCUUCCAGGAGUUGGCUCUAAGGUACCACUAACUAGUCACCUGGGUGCCGUGCUGGGGGUCCCCCAGGAAAACUCAAGCCAAAGCAUGCAUUUUCAACAGCCUAGAGGGAGCGCAGAGGGGAUGCUUUGUAAGAACUCCCAACAGUGAACAUCAGCCAAUAUAUAUAUAUAUUUUAAUUAAAAUAAAACCUUGAAAAAAGCUUUCUUCCCUGAGGCCUUGUUAGCUGUGAACACUCAGGAGAGAUUUGGGGCUCAGGCUCUUGGCUUCAGGGUAGUUUUACUGCCAUCAUUACUGUUGUUUUUAAGAAGCAAAUAUCAAACGACUUUCUUUAGUGACUAUUAUAUGGCAUAUUUUCAGUCAACAAUACUUCUUCCCAAAGUGGGCGGUGUGGAGAGAGAGGGCAGAGGAGAUAGGCCAAGAGCCGUCUUAUUUUGAGGUACCUAUUUUUACAGACUAUUUUACUUACACAUAGAAAAACAGGCUCACCUCCAAAUAAAA